CGCCGCGCUGCCCGGCUCCGCUGCGGGCCGGGGGCACCACGGCACGGCACAGCCCGGCUCGGCUCGGCGUGGCUGGGCUCGGCGCGGCCCGGCGGGAGGGCGGCUGCGAUCCGCCGCGGCCGGCGAUGGGAGAUGGAGGGAGCCGGCGGUGCGGCAGAAGCACUUGUGCGGGAUAGUGACAUAUCAGCUCAUGCCCAGAAUGUUGCCAAGGCCAAAUAUGAAUUUUUAUUUGGCUUGGACGAAGAGAAGCCUUCAGGAAUGGGUAGUGGUCGUGGAAGCAGCAGUUUGCCUCCUCAUACCAUCAUCAAUGAGUUUCCAGAGUACGGCACUGUAGAGUCGAGCAGACAAGCGCCAUCGACGUGCCAGGCUGAGCCUGUAACACGCAGUCCGGAAAGACGGGACAGUCACCACCCUGCCAGGCCCAUUCCUCCGUGCGCAGCUCCUGCUGAUAAUUUGAGGCCUGAUGUAGGGGCAGUGCAGCUUCACACCCCCGAAGAAGGUUCGCAACAGACAGGUAAUCUGCCAGAGAUCAUGAAAAUCUCUCGACAGCUAGAAGCAACAAAGGUGCAAGAAAGAGCAAAUAGUUCUCUUGAUUCAGAGACGCAAAUGGAAAAAAAGAGUGUUACUGGCAGCCGAAAUGUGGAGGCAGCCAGAGAGCCAGUUCCAGCAGGCCAAGAAAAACUCUCAGACAUGCUUCUUCCAUCUGAACGAACAGCUGAGGAAAAAAAGUAUUUGAUCAUAGAGAAAGAUCUGGCUUCAGUACGGGCUGGAGAAAAGCAGUCUGAAUCCUCACAAGCCAUAAGUAAUAAAGCAGAGGAGGUCCACACAGCUCAGGAUCCAAGCUGUCACAAGUCAUCUGUGACAAACCUGGUAGCAGUCAGCAGAGUGGAGAGGGGGACACGUUUUGAGGAGUUUUCAGAGUACAGUCAAGGCAAAAUGCAAACAGGUACGGAGAGAAGGCUUGCUAAAGAGGCAGCUGUGAGUAAACAUGUAGAAUUUCAAGGUGUGGAGAUCUUAUGGCUGCAAAAAGCUGAGGAGCAGAGAAGAAAGAAGCACUCACUGCUGGACUCUGUAUCUGUGGAGAGGAGGGCAUUCCCCAAAACAUCCAGCCACCCUGUGUCACCAGUGAUCUCCCCAGCCUUGCUUUCCUUGCCAGACAGUGCAUGGAGUGAGGUCUGUGAAGACGCAAGGCUGGAACCUGCUGCUUCUGGAGCCAUUCCUCUAGCACUGCUCGAAGAAAGCAGGAAGGAUGAAGUUUCUGUGAAGGACAGGAAGAACUGUGGUGAGGACGAGAUGGCUGUGCUUGCAAGAGGCCAGGGCAGGAUGGUGGAGGAGCGGGAAGCCACCACAGAAGGAUACGAAGAUUUCCUUGGGCAGAGGCACUCUGAUGUCUCCACUGAUCUGUACAGCUCACAGUUUGAAAACAUCCUAGACAAUGCAUCUUUGUACUACAGUGCGGAAUCUCUGGAGACAUUGUACUCAGAGCCUGAUAGCUACUUCAGCUUUGAGAUGCCACUCACUCCCAUGAUCCAGCAGCGCAUGAAGGAGGGUGGACAGUUUUUAGAUAGGACAUCAGCUGUGGGGCAGACAGAUGUCCCUGACAGGGAGGUGAAGGCAUGUGGUGAAGGCAUUGCCAAUGGCUUAAGGGAUGUAAGCGAAACACUCUUCAAAGGAGAUGUCACAGAAGUCCCUCAUCUGGCAAGCAAUGUUGACCUAGAGAAUGUGAUGUUAGACUCCAGUGCAGCCAUGGGGAGCAGUGAACUUCAGGAGAAAGAUGCCACUGGAGCCCUUGGCCACGACCUCAGCAAUGGCAGCAGCAGCAAUUUGGAAGCAGCCAGGCGCCUGGCUAAGCGCCUCUACCAUCUGGACAGAUUCAAACGCUCUGAUGUGGCAAAACAUUUGGGUAAAAACAAUGAAUUCAGCAAGCUUGUGGCCGAAGAAUAUCUUAAAUUUUUUGACUUCACAGGCAUGACGCUGGACUGUUCGCUCAGGAGUUUCUUUAAAGCCUUUUCACUUAUUGGGGAAACUCAGGAACGAGAGAGAGUUUUAAUCCACUUCUCCAGCAGAUACUACCAGUGCAACCCAAACGCCAUUUCUUCUCAAGAUGGAGUUCACUGUCUCACGUGUGCCAUGAUGCUGCUGAACACAGACCUCCAUGGCCAUAACAUUGGGAAAAAGAUGACCUGUCAAGAGUUUGUUGCUAACCUCCAGGGGAUGAACGAUGGCAAAGACUUCCCGAGAGGGCUCUUGAAGGCCCUCUACAAUUCAAUCAAGAAUGAGAAGUUGGAAUGGGCAGUGGAUGAAGAAGAGAAAAAAAAAUCUCACUCGGAUGGUACAGAUGAAAAGGAUAAUGGGAACCAGACAAAAGCUGUCAGUCGAAUUGGCAAUUCAAAUAACCCAUUCCUGGACAUCCCUCAUGACCCCAAUGCUGCCGUGUAUAAAACUGGAUUUCUGGCUCGGAAAAUCCAUGCUGAUAUGGAUGGAAAGAAAACUCCCCGGGGAAAACGAGGCUGGAAAACCUUUUAUGCUGUGCUGAAGGGAACCGUCCUGUACUUGCAGAAGGAUGAAUAUAAGCCAGAAAAGGCUUUGUCAGAGGAAGAUCUGAAGAAUGCGGUUAGUGUGCACCAUGCGCUGGCAUCCAAGGCAACAGACUAUGAGAAGAAACCCAAUGUCCUCAAGCUUAAAACAGCAGAUUGGAGAGUCCUGCUUUUCCAAGCCCAGAGCCAAGAAGAAAUGCAGACCUGGAUCAAUAAGAUUAACUGUGUGGCAGCUGUCUUCUCUGCACCACCAUUUCCAGCAGCCAUUGGUUCUCAGAAGAAGUUCAGUCGCCCACUCCUGCCAGCCACCACAACAAAGCUAUCUCAGGAUGAACAGCUGAAGUCCCAUGAAGCUAAGCUGAAGCAGAUCUCCACUGAGCUUGCUGAGCAUCGCUCCUAUCCUCCUGACAAGAAGCUCAAAGGCAAGGAAGUAGAUGAUUACAAACUGAAGGACCACUAUCUGGAGUUUGAGAAAAAUCGCUAUGAGAUUUAUGUUGGCCUACUGAAAGAAGGGGUGAAGGAGCUGCUGAGCGGAGGAGAAAACGAUGCGCCAGGACUGAAGAAAUCCCACUCAAGUCCUUCUUUGAAUCAGGAGUCUCCAGUUAGUGCCAAGGUGAAACGCAAUGUCUCAGAGAGGAAGGACUACAGGCCAGAAACACCCAGCAUUAAGCAGAAGAUCACUUAGGGUGGUAAUGACAACUAGGGGAACAGCCAUGCAGCAAAGUAUUGGUGGUCAAAAUUUUUUCAUUUAAUAACCUGUCAUUCACAAAAAAUAAGUGCAUCUGCCUGAAUGGGGUGUUAGUGACAUUUUCUAUUGUAUAUUUUGCUGUUUCUGUGCAGAUUGUGGGAGAUGUCUUUGCUCCUGCUUUGCUUUGCUUUGUUAAUUUAUCAUUUAGCAGUUGAAGCAUCGGGACUUUUUUGUGUUAUUCUGUUUCUAAAGGAGCUGGGGAAGGGGUAGAGCGCUGUGACAUUUAUUCUGUCUCCUCCCCAUUUAUCUCCUCCCAUCGGCAUGUGGCUUUCAUCUCUCAAGUCACUUGUCACUUUAUUUACGUGGUGGGUGGGAAAAAUAACUGGACAAGUGCUGCAGUGCUGUGAAUGUGAGCUGUAGCUGUGAGAAAAGCUGUGCAAACAUGCAGCUGCAGAAGGCUGACUAGAGGCUAGGGUGCUGGGAACACUAGUUUCCGGACAAUGUGGUGCGUGUUGGUACUGGUACUUAGCAGCAGGUGGUACACUAAAUAGUCACUGUUGCUUAUUGUUACUGCAUUGACCCUAGACACUUCAUGGGUGUGAUGGAAUGAAACCUGGAAACCUCUGGCAAUGCUGAGAUGACGGCAUUGGAAUAAUUUGUUUGCUUCCUUCCAAGCAGAGAGCCUUCUCCUGAGUUUGCAGGCUGGAAGGCAUCCAACCCCAUGCUGUCUCUGCAGUCAGGAAGAUUAGGGAUUACCCAGUUGGAAUGGCUAUCUGGUCUUCACAUUUAUUUGCAGAGAAGGCUGCUGUAGAUGUCAGCCACUAUCAUUAUAUAUUAAUUAUAUAUAUUAAAGACAAAGGGCCUCUGUGUAGUUUUUAACUAUACGCUCUCACUUAGCUGCUAUAUAGAGCCUUAUGAUAUAUUGUGUCCUGUCGCUUCCCCUUCCAGGGGUUUCCUUGUUGGUGUGCACAAAGAGCUGCUUUGAAUUCCUCUCAUAGUGACAAAGCACUUUGCCUUUUUUCUUCAGAAUGGGAUUCUCCUCAGUUCUCCAUUUUCCUUCUUUCGCUCACAUAUAGGUCAAAGAGGCUGGUGCCUGCUCACAGUUCCUGCAUACCCUGUGCCAGGCUUUCCAAGGGGAGCACAGGUCUGGAAGAGACCACCAUGGGCAGGUCUUUCCAUACCUGAAAGGCCCCUGUUUGUGCCAUACACCCUUGGAGUAGCCAGCAGUUUUCAGGCACAGAGAGCAGAAAGAUGACAUAGAAAUAAUUUUCCUACUUCGCAGACCCUCUUGUCUGGGCAGUGUCAUGGCUCUGCAGAGAGUGCUUUCUCUCCUGUUACCUGCUACCCAAGUUUUAAUCUCAGUUUUUAUACUGGCCCACAGGGUGAGCUUGGACAGGUCUUUCCCAUUUUGUGUCACCCUUUCCCUAUAUGAAGUAGUACUACCAAACUGGCCUUUCCCACAGAGCACCUUGGGAGAUAAUGUUGAGGGCCAGUUGAAAAUUGCUCCUUGCUGUUCGUUCUCUUGUGCCUGGCACAGGACAGCCUUCUUGUUGAAUGCAAUUCUUGAUGCAUGUAGAAACGUCAAGAUCAAUGCAGGGACUGUUUAGAAAUGCACUGGUGUUUUCAGCCCAAGUAGUCCAAGGGCCACACAUUAGAAACACUGCUACCUGAGUGGAUGUGUGUUCUGUCAGGCUUCCCAAGGGUCCAAGUCAAUUCAUCUAGUUUUAUCAGUGGGCAAAACUAGGAGUGAUCAAAGAGAAAAGGCCCUUAACAGGCACUGCAUGACUUGCCUUCCCUAUUGAGUACCACCAUGCAGCAGCUUUCCUGGUGGUGUGCUGACUCUGACUGUUGGCAUAACAAUGAUGUUGCGCUCUCAGGUGUGAGGUUUUGGGGCAAAUUGAUCCUUGCUGCUGCAGCCUGGCAGUAAAGACAGAUGAGACUGUUCUCACGAGUGAUGUUGGGAUGCGCAUCCAUCUGGCAUUUGCCACAGUUGGGGAAUGCUGAAUACACCUUUGGGAAGAAAACUUGACCCUCCCUGUUAUGAUUAAGGAGUGGUAUUCAGUGUUCCCACUGAGACUGUCCAAACUACAUGGCCCUUGUUCACUCCCUCCUUCCCUUCCCCAUCCUUGCAGUGGGCUGGAGAGGAGAAUUGGAGGCAUAAAGAACAAAGAUCACAGGUUGAGAUAACAACAAUUUACUGAAAAUGGCAAUGAGAUAAGAAAAUGAAUGGUAAACAACAACAGUAUUAAUAACACAGUGCUCAAGAAUGCUCACGACGCAGAACCCUACAAUACCCAACCAUUUGCUUCCCAAUCCCUGACCCAGGAAGAACAUCUUCUCCUGUUUCUGGAAAAUGACAUGAGGUAGUAUAGAAUAACCUUGAAGUCCAAGCUGGGCUACUGCAUAAAUUAACCCCAUCCUGGCCAGAACCAGUACAUCAUUCUGUGAAUUAUUUUAUAUAACAAUAGGAUACAUGCAGCAGAAACAAAACCCAAAAAAGCUACAGAUCUGUAAAUGGCCCUGCUUGGUUGUCAGGGUUGCGUUGAGUACAUGAUCUUUUUGAAGGCAGGCUAGAACAUGCUUGGCAAACUUCAUGUGUUUAUGGAGUGCAAUGCUUCAAAAGGCAAAGAGGUGACAUUUAACUUUCUCUUCCCUGGCUUUAAAUGUAUUUUGGUUGUUGAAAAUUCCAGUUAAAUUGCUGAGCUCAAAAAGAAAUUACUCCUGUUAAAUGCAUGUUCCAGCUUUGACACAGAAACUGGGUAAUUCCUCUUCAAAGUCAUUGCAGAAAAGAUGAUUUGAAGCAAUAGGAAAAAUCAAAAGGUGAACUGCAAAAAGGAUGUUUUUUUCAUUAUUUAUUAUCUAUUUCCAUGUAUACUUGUAAACAGAUAGGAUAUUUUUUUUAGGUCUCCUCUGAGUGUAUCAAAUGCAGUUUUUCACUGCAUUUUUUAGUCGUUAAACAUUUGUUGAGCUUAGAGCAGUCUUGCUGAGACUGCUGAGGCAUGCAGAUCAGUUUACCCAGAAUUUAUAGGUUUUGCUCCAGUUUUAAUUAAUGCCAUUUUCCUUGGUUGCUUUACAAUUUAUAAGCAUCCCAGGCACCUGUGUAGAAAUGCACGCUUAGGAGAACAUGAAAAAAAUGUGAUCCUCUUGCGAAAGUUUAAGACUCCUGCCCUCCCUUGGGAAUAGGUUCAUCUACCAGUCAGUACUGUAAUUAGUUUUUUUUCCCUCCUGAUGAUACUAUAAAGGAUAGGGCAGGUUCUGAGGUGGUCUAAGUGGUGCAUCUCCUUGAGUGGCACCAUUAAGAGUCUGACCAGCAGCUUUGCAUGGUACCCUGCACCCUGCCUUUCUUUGCUGAAAUGUUUGUCUCUAGGGAAGAUCAGUGCUUGACUGCAGUGACUCGGGAGCUCUGGUUGCAGUAUGUAAGGAUAUUGUGCUUGUUUCCAGCCUGCCUCUGGGACUUGAGCUGCAAAUCACUGGAGCAGCCUGCAGUUUCCUGGGUGUACUCAGUGUAAGGAGCUACUGGCUGGCCGCCACGAGCAUGUGUGCAUGUGGGAGAGCCUUUGCAUUGGUGACGCAGGGAGGUGCCAUCCUUCCUUGUCACCCUUCCUGCUCCAGUGUGCUAUCGCUGCUCAGGCGAGGCCUCUGCCUACGUGUAGAGAGUGGGGAUGCAAAGAGGGGGAGCAGGCUAAGGCUAGCCCCUCCUUACUUCCCCUUAAGGUGCAGACAGUGGUUCUGGGGGGACCCUCCCAGCUCUGAAGUGUUGCUGGCUCCAGGGGCUGAACCAUCUGCUAUCCCCAGUUAAGGGAGGAGAGACAGGAAAGGGCCCCACUGGUCUGCACCUGACAGCAGAGGGCUGAUGGAGAAGGGGAAAACUGCUUUCCCCUCUCCCCACCCAGCAACCAAAGCAGGUAAAAUACUCUCCUGAAGCCAAAACCAUACUCUCUUCUAUGAUUCAGCAGGAUGCAGGGGACUGUUGAGAUGGAUUUUGUUCAUCAGUGGCUGCAAAAGGGACUCCCUGGACUAGCUGUGUGUUUGCAUCUUGCAGAUAAAUUACGCAUGAACCGGUGAACAUGACUACAGCUUCUAAAUCCAGUAUUUAUGUUGUGUCUUCAGCUGAUGCAGGGAGAUAAGUCAGCCAGCAGAAUGAUUAAUGCAGCAGAGUUGUGCGGGAAUGCUGUUCAGCUGUGUUGCCAACUCAGAGUUUUUCAUCUGUAGCCAGUCACUUGUAAAUGGUUACCAGAAACUUUCUAAUGGUUAUUAACAGCUCCUCACUAAAAUACUUUCCCUCUGAUCCUGCCUGCUCCCAGGAGGAGUUUGGUCUAACAGACCUCCAGGGACUGAAUUGUUCAGUGACUUUUCACAGUUCCAAUACCUUUGGAUAACAAGGUUGGUUGCUCUUCUGGCUUGAAAAAGCCAAAACUUUUGCCUUUCUCCAAUGGGGAAAUGAGGUUCUUGCUUGACUGGAAUACGCCAUUCAGUGGAGAUGUGAUUAUGGCAGUGGAAGAAGUCAGAGAUGACAGGGUUAUCAUCUGACUUCUUGGAGGCAUUGUAUGGCAAUGUUCUCCUUGAAAGUGGGAAAGGCUUUUCUCUACAGAUGGCUUGCUGCUUACUGUGUCUACAUUCUCCAUUUUUAAAUUAAUUUUGGUCUUGUUGCAGUUAGUCUGACAGCUCCUCCUCCUUUUCUGACAAGCUGCUCGUCUGUCAUCUUAGCACCUCAGCUGCUUCUGUAUAACAGGUCUGUUUCCUUCCAUGCUUACAGAAAUCCAAAAAACUUGACUCUUCUAUCUUGCAUUGAGAAAACCUACUCUGAAGCAGUGCUGCAUUGAAUGGAUAACCCUGUGAACAGCUUUUUCACUCUGCUUGUUGGUAGCCUGUGUUUCCAGCCACAGUUAUAGCUGGGAGGUGCGAGACCGAGUUUUAGACUGCCAUGAUCCUCUAGUUUUAUGCUGCAGGGAUGCAAAGUCCCUUCCCACACUUAGGCCAGACACUUGCAACAUUUCUACUCUUCUAGUAUCCAGUAUUUCUACUGGCUCCUUCUGCAGGGUUAAAGGCAGUAUUCGCAUCUUAUGCCAAGAAAACUUGCAACUUGCUGCUUGUUUAAAUUUUCUCCCCUAUUGCUCUCCCCAGGCUCUGGGACAUCACAUCUGCUCUGAGGGGGCAGUUAAGAAGUCCACAUUUCUUGUCAGAGCACAAUAAUUGCUCCCCAGUGUGUAUUCUCAGCAUCUGGUAUCUAGGCUUCCUAGAGGGAUGAACCAUAGAAGCUGUCUCAGAAAAAGCUAGUCUGCAGCUUGUGCUUUUUAAAGGAUAUUUUUAGUGCAUAUAGAAGCAGUACGUCUGGUCUCUCCUCUCUCCCAGAGCUCUCUCAGCAGCAUAGGUGUAGCAUAGUGGGUUGCUUCACUUGGAGGGUCACUGUGGAGACCUGAGCUCCAGGAAGAGGUUUGUCAGCCUUCAGAGAAAUGCUGCCACCUGAGCUGAGCAUCAGUGCACAGGACAGUGAUGUUGUAUGAAGAAGCCAGUGCCACCCUCCAUGGCUGGUCACCUGCUGGAGACUGUGAGGUCUAUCAUUGCCCUCAGUGUUGAACUUAAGGAGAAAUGCUGGCUUCCCUUUCCCUCUAGUCUGUGCUGCUGAGGAACUGUCUUUACCACCUGCUGCUUUUCUUCCUUGUCACAGCAGCACCCUUAUCCAGGGAUACCACAGUCCCUUUCUUAGAAGACUGCUUUACAUGAGAGCAAGGAGGAGAGGUCAUUGGAAAAAGUCUGAAUGCCAUCUGGGAGUAUCUGCUCUGCUGAUGGCAGCAUGCAGUUCAACAUUGAAAUGAGGCAGGCCCAGCCUUGCCUGAGGGAAUGUCCCUUGCUCAAAUAUUUUGUUAGCUGAAUUAAAGUUGUGUUUUAGUUAUUUAUUAGGGCCUAUCCCUUACCAAAUGCAAGCAAGAACUUUCACAAAGGUUGGACCAUUGACCUGACUUUGCCCUUGUGGUCAGAAGGAGCAGGUUUAGGCUAGUUUAGGCUAUUCUCUCUUGCCUGCCUUUGAAUGCUUAAUUAUUCCAUAAAAAUUCUAAAUGUUUAAUCCAUGAGGGACCUCCCAUGGCAUCUGCUUUUAAAGUGAGCCAGGAACCAGCUGGGGUACAGGCCAGAGGUUUAUUUGGACCAAUAAAGGUACAUCACUUAGCAAUGCAAGCAUUGAAAGUGCUACAAGCCGCAAGGGCAGGAUUUUUCUCUGACAGAAACCACUGUAAUUAGUAGCCACUCUGGAAGUGAUCCUGUCUGUAAUUCACCUAAAUGAGACUAGCACAAGAAGACAGUUUUUGUCUAAAUAGGCGAAGUUUCAGCUUGGGCCAAUUGAUAUCAUGGUGUAAUGACAGAGCAGCUAGCUAAACUGCCAUGAAGACUUGUUUGACACAAAAGCCUCCAACUCCCCUUAGCCUCUUGCUGGGAAGAGGGAGAUAAAUGCUAUCAAGUCUGUGUCACCACACAGCACAAACUCUACUGGUAAUAUAAGUCUUAACUCACACACUUACGAAAUUCUCAUACUCAGAGCUGUCAGAUUCUGAAAGACUGUAGGAUGAGAACAGGGGUGGGUUGUGGUUGGGGUUUUUUUUAAAUUUGUACAUAUUCAUGACAACUGUGUCCUCUUACUUGAGUCUAGAAUUAUAAUUUGGCUAAAAGGACAGAGUUUUUUAGCUGUUGAAAAACUUUAAAAUCACUCCUCUUGUGAGGUACACUUUGAGACUUACAUUACUUGGUGAACGUGUUUAAGUGAUGCCUAUAGAUGUGUGUAUGUCCUAAGUAUAGUAUGGCUUCUGUGGCUCAGCACUGCAGAACCUGCUCUUCUUUUCUGAGCUUGUUUGGUCAAAGCAUUCAGCAGCUGCAAACAUUGUUAGGAUGCUUGUUGUUCUAAUUGUUUUCAAGUGAGGUUAAACAGCUAUCAGAGCUUUUGCAGAUUUAAGGUAUACUUUGAGCUGCCUUGAUCUUCAUGUGUUGUCCACCAGGGGCUGCCUGUUGUUUUGCAUGUUGAAAGCAAGGCAUAUAUUUGAGAGUCUAAGCAAGAGCUAGUGGGUGGAAUUUUCUGCUAGCUUAACACUGGGCUGACUUUCUCCCUGUUUAUAUCAACCGAUGCCUGUACAAGGGGCAUCCAUGCUGACUUCUUCUGAAAAUCAUGCUCUGGGGAUCUAAUGCACAGCUUUACUUCUGAAAACGUUGACCUUGCUCUGUGAAAAUUCAGCAAAGGGACAUCAUGUCCAAAGUGUCCAAGAAGGACAGGUGCCUGUGAUGUCUCCUGCAGAUACAGCAGCACAGCAGUAGAGAAGGGUUUUUUUCUACAACUGUUCAAAUUCCCAGAAGAGUGGCUCAUAGGUAGGGAAGAGAAGAGCAACAGAGCUAAAAUAUCUGUCUUGGGCUUCUCUUAUGCCUUCCAGAGGUUUCUUUUGAGAGUACUGAACAAUCUUUUAACAAGUUGCUGGUCUGAGGAAAAAUACAUAGGGAAACCCAGUGAGUUUUCCUGUUGCAUUCUAAUAAGGGCAACAGUAGCAUGAUCUGCAUUAUACUGGAAAGAGAGAACAAAAGCUGAGGGUGUGAUUCUUAACUGGAGUCAUAAAACUCUUUAUCAUGCAGUUAGGUUGAAGCACUUGAGCAACUUCAAUAUUGAAACUAUGCCUUUGCACUUCACUGGACCACAGCCAGAGGGAUUGCGCCUUGCAGAACUGAGACGCAAGUGAACUGCAGCUCCGAAUGAAAUGACAGAGACCACCAUGUCACCUUGCUUUGGGCAAGCUGCAGUCCUGUAAUCUUGUAUUGGGUACUGGGCUUCUUCCUUGGGUUUCCUGCCCUCCAUGGUGAUGGGAAGAUGAGGGUAAGCGCUGUCAGCUUUAGAGUCACAGUUAAGAAGUGUCAUUUACCCUCCACCCGAGCUGUUACUAUGUUGUUUUCCCUUAGGCUGAGAAAGAGGACUGAAUUUUCAGUCAAUGUUGCUUGGUAGCCAAUGGGAAGCAUAACUCAGCAGUGGCGAUGCAGAAAAACUUUUUGCACAUGUGUGUACAUACACCUUAUACAUCUCUUGUGUGCAGAACUAACCGUACAGGAUUUGACAACAGUCCUUGCAAGACCUUUCCUCUGGGUGGUCUCCAAUUGCUUCUGUGAUGUGUAGGAACUUUCUUUCUGGUAACCUUGAAUUCAGUUUACUCUCAUCACUGAAUUGCUGGAGUGUUUUUCAUGUAAUACACUAGAGACAGUCCCAGUCUCAUGCUUUGUGGUAACUUCUUGGUCUGCUGUGAAGCAACAACAUUGAGGUAGCCAUUAAAUCUUUUCCAGCAGCAUGGAACUUGCUGUUCUGACUCUUAGAGAGGUCAUCAUCUCAGGUUUGACACUAUCCUACCACCUGGAUACCCUAUUUUGUCCCUGGGAAUAGACAUGGCCAGAAGAGCAUACUUGGUGGUUAGAGUCAGAGAUGAGCAGACUUAAGUCAAGCCCUGAUUCAGGGAAGAUUUUUCCAUGUGCUGCUGAUGUCCAUAAGGACUCAAACAUGUACUUGCUUACACAGAGAUGCUUUCCUGAAGCAGAGUUGUCACUCUUUUCUACAGGUAUCACAGGAUGCCCUCCCUUAUUCUGCUUCAUGUAUCUGGUACUAGAAUGAUCAUUUCCUGAUAAAUGAAGGCACUUAAUCAGUCCUCUUCCCCUUGGAAGAAGGACUUUUGGGGAUAUUGUUAUAUCAUUUAAAAUAAUAUUUUGGAAUUUAAGUUUACAUUGCUUUAUUUUUCACUUGAGGUGACUGUAUAUAAAUAUUUUCCUCUAUUUUAUCAUUGCUGAUAAAGUAAGCCUACAGUAUACAGACAAAUAAUUUGCCUUUGAUGUAUUGAAACUGUGAGAUAAAAAGUAGACUUCUCUCUUGUGUCCAUGUUCCUGACUAUAACUCUGUUCCUCUGUGUUUUUAUAAGUUCGAAUAAAUGUUGCUUACGGGCAACAAAGAGCCUGCAAGCUUCCCAAUAAUUUUUGUCAUUGAACUCAAGCAACCCUAUUGAAGGAUCUCACAUAUGUAUAAUGAUAUAUGUAUAUGUACAAACUUUAGAAAGAAAUAAACCAAAUGUAUUUCA